AAGGGAGUUUGAAGAUGGUAUCAGGAAAUUCCCUAGGAUGCCUUUGGACACUGAGCCAGUUCCUAGAUAUGGAAAUCAUUCAUUUGAUCCACUCGAGGCAGGGAAGAGGCCAGUUGGUUUCCAUGAUGAGGCCAUUAACAAAUCAGGUGCUACUCUCCACCCUGGUUAUCUUGGCCUAGGUCCUGGACAUGGGAGACAUCACAUGGACGGUAUGGCUCCCAGAAGUCCUGGUGGUGAAUAUCCUGAUAUGCCUCCCCAUAGAAUGCGGCCCCACUCUGGUGGGCUUGUUGGUAAGGCAGAUAUAGAUGAUUUUGAUGGAAGAGCUGCACGUCAUUUUGGUGAGCCAUUUGGCAUUGCAUUCCAUGAUAGUCGGUUUCCUCGUCUGCCUGGUCAUUUGCAUAGAGAUGAAUUUGAGGGUUUUGGUAAUUUUCGAUUGGGUGAACAUCCAAGGGAUGGUAAUUUUAUUGGCCAAGAUGAAUUCGCUGGUCCAUUUCAAAGGGGUGAACAUUUUGGUCCGCAUAACUUUUCAAGGCAAUUGCAUCAAGGGGAACCUAUAGUUUAUGGUGCCCGUCCUGGCUCUCGAAGUUUUGAAUCUUUCAGCAAAGGAAACAGGCCAGGUCAUCCGCAGCUUGGUGAACCUGGGUUCAGGAGCAGCUUUUCUCUUCCUGGUUUUCCUAAUGAUGCUGGAUUUUUACCAGGAGAAGCCAGGCCAUUUGAUAAUGUGAGAAGGAAGCCUGCUAGCAUGGGUUGGUGCCGGAUAUGUAGAGUUGAUUGUGAAACAGUUGAAGGUUUGGACUUGCAUUCUCAAACAAGGGAGCACCAGAGGACGGCUAUGGAUAUAGUUAAAAGCAUCAAACAAAAUGUGAAGAAACAAAAAUUAAUACCAACUGAACAUUCCUCAGUCAAAGAUGGAAACAAGACAAGAAACACUGGUUUUGAGGGUCGAGGAAAUAAACAUUGAGUAGCCAUCGUUUACGGUUACUUGGCUUUCAUGCAGAUUUCAACCAAAGAUAUUGCUGCGGUUGCUACCAUCAUAUUAAUGGAGAUGUUUUUGGGAUCUCAAGUACAUUGGCAGUUAAGUUUGUUGGCUUUUGAAUUUGAAAUUAAUUUAUAACUAGAAUAGUUGUUUCAACCUUUGUUUCAACCUUUGUGCUCUGUUAACAGUUUGUCGUUUUAUUCUGCCCAUGUUGCUUAGAUGCUAAUGGUAAGGACAAUACAUAUGAAUGUUUAUCUUUUGGGCUUUAGUAGAGGCCUCCAUUGUCCAUUGAUGCCUCUGCAUUAUGGUAUGAUAUGUUGUGCUGUCUAGGUAAUUUUCUGAAAA